AUGACUGCUGAAUGGCGAGUGGAACCAAAACCUACUGUAAUAAAAUGGACACCAAGGGAAAACAUAUGCUCCGACUUUUACACCGAAUGUUGGAAUAUGAAUAAAAGUAUUACUGGGGAAAUCUCAGAACAAAACAUCAGUAUCCCUCAGAUAUGCCCCUUACAGCUUCAGUUAGGUGACAGUCUCUUCAUCUCCUCUGAGCCAUCCUUUCAGUCCUAUGGAAUGAAUUUGGUAAAUGUCUCCAAGGAAGAAUUCAUUAACUGCCCCAAAGCUGGUUUUCUUCAAAAGCAGUUGAUUUUCUCUUGCCAGAUAAGAGGAUUGCACCAAGUUGACCCUAACUGGCUUGGAGUAGGAACUCAUUACUUUGCAGAGCUUCAUAAGAAAGGCCCGCUAUUGUGCAACAUGGGCCUUCGUCUGAAUGUAACUGUGAAGCAACAGUUUUGCCAACAAUCUCCAAAUGCACCAUUAUGCUCUGGGCAUGGAAAAUGUCUAAGCCAUGUUUGGGAAAAAGCAUAUAAUUGCCAUUGCUUCUCACAAUAUUCUGGAAGAUUCUGCCAGAAGUUUGAUAUGUGCUCCACUAAACCUUGCCACAACAAUGCCUCCUGCACUGAGAAGUUAGAACUUUCUGGAGAUUCUUAUGAAUGCGCGUGUCCUCCACAAUUUUCAGGUAAAAACUGUACAGAAAUAGUUGGACAGUGCCAGCCACAUACAUGUUUCAAUGGUAACUGCAGCAAUGUUACUCCAAACACUUUUCUUUGUGUCUGUGACAAGGACUUUACAG